GGCAGCAGCAGCAGCAGCGGCAGCAGCAGCGGCAGCGGCAGCAGGGCAGAGGAUGGCGGAGAGCGAGGCGGAGACCCCCAGCACGCCGGGGGAGUUUGAGAGCAAGUACUUCGAGUACAAUGGGGUGCGGCUGCCGCCCUUCUGCAGGGGGAAGAUGGAGGAGAUCGCCAAUUUCCCGGUGAGGGACAGCGACGUCUGGAUCGUCACCUAUCCCAAGUCAGGCACAGGCUUGCUACAGGAAGUGGUAUAUCUAGUGAGUCAGGGAGCUGAUCCAGAUGAGAUUGGACUAAUGAAUAUAGAUGAACAACUUCCAGUCCUAGAGUACCCUCAGCCUGGUCUGGACAUCAUCAAGGAACUGACAUCUCCUCGCCUCAUAAAAAGCCACCUACCAUAUCGGUUUUUGCCUUCAGACCUUCAUAACGGCAAUUCUAAGGUAAUAUACAUGGCUCGCAACCCCAAAGACCUGGUGGUGUCUUAUUACCAGUUUCACCGCUCCCUAAGGACCAUGAGCUAUAGAGGAACGUUUCAGGAGUUCUGCAGAAGGUUUAUGAAUGACAAGUUAGGAUAUGGUUCGUGGUUUGAACACGUCCAAGAAUUCUGGGAACAUCAUAUGGAUGCCAAUGUACUUUUCCUUAAGUAUGAAGAUAUGCACAAGGACCUAGCAACAAUGGUUGAGCAACUGGUGAGGUUCUUAGGAGUUUCUUACGACAAAACACAGUUGGAAUCCAUGGUGGAACACUGCCAUCAACUCAUUGAUCAGUGCUGUAACGCAGAAGCACUUCCCGUUGGCAGGGGCCGAGUUGGGCUAUGGAAAGACAUCUUCACUGUUUCAAUGAAUGAGAAAUUUGAUUUAGUUUAUAAACAGAAGAUGGGAAAAUGUGACCUCACAUUUGAUUUUUAUUUAUAAAAAAUGCAUGCAUAUGAAAUCCAAAUAUAGCUAGAAGUGCUUUAUGCAUUCAUUUAUUACUUGCUGGACAAACUACUGUAGCUAUUAUGUGUAACAAGAUUUAAAGAAAGGAGAACAAUCUAAGUAAACCAUAGCAAAUACAAUUAUCUUUGAUCCUACACAGCUGUUUAUCUUUUAGUAUUUUAAUCCUUUGUCCACAUGCAAGAACUUCCUAGACAAUACUAGAAUACUCAGCUGUUACGGAAUGUAUUAUAUGCGUAUAAGGUAUGUAUCAUAUAUGCAACUAGAAUGUACACCUUUUCAGCCCCACAUUGAUUAUUUAAUGUGUUUUAUAGAAGCUUUUCACUGAAACCUAAAUAAAUGUCCGUAAACCAAAUAAAAAUUAUUACAGAGGGAAACAAGUAACAGGCCAAAACUGUAUGCUAGAAUGAUCUCAGGGGUUAAUUGUCACAUUUAUUUUUAUAGCAGGUAUAUCAAGUACAAGUAAAUCCCAUUCCAAAAUAAUAACUGAUCCAAGUGGGGUUCCCGUUAAGUUCUGCACUCCUUUAUCUGUAUGACUUAAGAAUGGGUUCUGUGUACUGCCAUACUCUGCAAAUCAGGCCUUGUUAUAAAAUAUAGCUGUGUUUGUCACUACAAUCCAAAAUCCACCCAUACUUUCAGGGACAGCAGCAUGCAGCUGUUUUUGUGGUUGGUAAAGUUCAGCUCCAUGCAAAAGGUCAGCAAAUAGGAGCCUCUCAAGCUCCCAAGGCUAGUCCAUGCCCUUAAAAUGCCACUUAAAUGCAAGGCAUCUACUGCAGAUGUCUCUCUUCACAAAUCAGUGUCUCUGAUCCAUAUCAGUUUCCGGUGUAGAUCUGAACUUCCCCCAAUGGAUAACGUAAGAGAAGGCAAAGUGCUGGGUAUCCUCUAGUUCUAUCAAAAUCCUGAAAGUUAAGGGCACUCAGCACAGUUCACUGUUUGUACUGUUGGAUCCCUUCACGCCUAAGUAGAAGAUGGAUGUAUGUUCCAGUGUAAGCAGGCAGAGGAAACAGCAGCACUGAAGGAAAAGAGUUUAAAAAUAUGCCACCAGAUGGGAGUAUUGUACAAAUAUUCAUGCAGAAUACAGUCUCAAGAAUUAUUAGCCAUUAACAGUCUUGAUUAUUAGCAAGAUUCAGGUUUAUUUCUGUACCUUUUUAAUUUUCUAUGACAGUUGCACAAACAGCCUGAAACAGGCUCCUAUCACAAUAAAAUUCUCCAGAAUUAUUUUAUCACUGUUCUUUUACUUAAUGACAUUUAUGGUUUUUAGGUUCUCAGCUGCAGGAGGCCAAUUUUUGCUAGUCUAUUAUUCUGUCACGCUAAAAGCCGUGAUGAAGGACUAGCAUACAUUUAGUGUUUUAGUUAUGUUGGGAAACAAACUGUCAGUUCAGCAACUGGCAAGUGGUGUAGCAUGAUGUGGCUUGACAGCACUUUUCCUUGUAUAUUUGUGAGUGAAAAUGCUUUCAGUGAAAUUUUAUUUCUAUUUUUAUAUUUUUAGUACUGUAUGAAUAUUAAGCACUACACAUUACACUUCUGUGCUUGCUUGCUUAUUGAAUAAAAGAUGUGUU